AUGUCCUUAUCAGCUGACGAAUAUAAGCAACAAGGUAAUACUGCCUUUUCUGCUAAAGAAUAUGAAAAAGCCGUUGAUUUAUUCUCUAAGGCUAUUGAGGUUUCUCCAGAACCAAACCAUGUCUUAUACUCUAAUAGAUCUGCUUGUUACACCUCGUUGAAGAAGUUUACCGAUGCUUUGAAUGAUGCUAAUGAAUGUACAAAGAUCAAUCCAACUUGGUCUAAAGGUUACAACAGAGUUGGUGCUGCACACUACGGUCUAGGUGAUCUAGAUGAAGCUGAAAAAAGUUAUAAAAAAGCUUUAGAAUUAGAUGCUUCCAACAAAGUCGCACAGGAAGGUUUGGAACAAGUUAAAAGAACUCAAGAAGCAAGGAAAGCACAGCCAGAUAUGGGGUUAACCUCCAUGUUUAAUGACCCAAAUUUAAUUGAAAAAUUAAAGAGUAAUCCAAAAACAGCAGAAAUGAUGAAUGAUCCUCAAUUAGUCGCAAAGUUACUCUCUUAUAGAUCAAAUUCUCAAGCAUUAAGCACCGAAUUAUUCUCUGACCCAAGGUUAAUGACUAUAAUGGCUACUUUAUUAGGUGUUGAUUUAAACAUGGGUGACUUAAACGGUUCUAACUCUAUGCCACCAACUGCAGAAAAAACUCCGGAAGCUCCAGUUGCCGCCACCAAAGAAACUAAAACUGAAACGGUUCCAGAAUCAAAAGAGAAAGAGCCAGUUGCUGCUAACCCAGAAAAUAUGGAAGUUGACGAUGCUGAUGUUCAAAAGAAAUUAGCUGACGCUGAAAAAGAUGAAGGUAACAAAUUAUACAAAGCUCACAAAUUUGACGAAGCUAUUGAACAUUAUGACAAAGCAUGGGAAUUACAUAAUGAUAUCACAUAUUUGAAUAACAAAGCAGCUGCUCAGUACGAAAAGGGUGAUUACGAGACUACAAUCAAGACUUUAGAAGAUGCUAUUGAAAAGGGUAGAGAAUUACGUGCUGACUAUAAAAUAAUUGCUAAGGCUUUUACUCGUAUGGGUAAUGCUUACGAAAAAUUAAAUGAUUUAAAGAAAGCUGCUGAAUUCUUCAAUAAAUCUUUGACUGAAUUUAGAACACCAGCUACUUUAACUAAAUUAAGAUCUCUUGAAAAGAAAAUUAAAGUACAAGAAGCUGAAGCAUAUAUUAACCCAGAAAAGGCCGAAGAAGCACGUAUCCAAGGUAAGGACUUCUUCAAUAAAGGUCAAUGGCCAGAUGCAGUAAAGGCAUACACAGAAAUGAUCGCCAGAGCUCCAGAUGAUGCUAGAGCCUACUCCAAUAGAGCCGCCGCUUUAUCAAAAUUAAUGUCAUUCCCUGAAGCUAUUUCUGAUUGUGAAAAAGCUUUGGAAAAAGAUCCAAAUUUUGUAAAAGCAUACAUAAGAAAGGCUACUGCACAAAUUGCUAUCAAAGAAUAUUCUUCUGCGUUAGAAACUUUAGACAUUGCUCGUUCUAAGGAUACAGAAUUAAACAAUGGUUCAAAUAUCAGAGAAAUUAACCAACUAUAUGCUAAGGCUACUCAACAAAGAUUUGAACCUGCUUCUAGUAAUGAAACACCUGAACAAACAUACCAAAGAGCUAUGAAGGAUCCAGAAGUUGCUGCCAUUAUGCAAGAUCCAGUAAUGCAAAGUAUUUUACAACAAGCUCAAACUAAUCCAGCUGCUUUACAAGAACAUAUGAAAAACCCAGAAAUCUUUAAAAAGAUUCAAACUUUGAUUUCCGCUGGUAUUAUUCGUACUGGUCCAUAG